AUGAAACCAACAUUAACACCUAAAGGAAAUUUCUGUGUUGAACGUGACUGUGAACGUUUAAUGAAUGCUAUGGAUAGAUUAAAGAUAAGAGAAAGAGAAACUGUUGAUGUAAUGGGUCGUCGACCUGUUGUUCAACGUAUAGCAAUUCUACAAAAAUAUAAAUCUCUGUAUAUAGACAAUUUAUUCGCCAUAUUUAAUUCUAUAUUAACUGGAUGUUUAAAAGAUUGUUUGAUUGCGUUGUGCUAUACACCAGCAGAAUUUGAUGCAAUAGAACUUCAUAGAGCAAUGAGAGGAACUGAUACUGAUGAAGAUACAAUAAUUGAAAUUCUUUGUACAAGAACAAAUGAACAAAUCAAAAGAAUUAAGAAUGUUUAUCCAAAAUUAUUCUAUGGACGUGAUUUAGAAGAUGAUGUGAACGAUGAUACUGAACAUCCGUUUAAAUCAAUAUAUUUAGCUUUACUGAAAGCGAGUAGAGAUGAAUUCACAUUUAUAGAUGGAAAUCUUGUACGAAGAGAUGUGGAAGAACUACUUAGAGCAAUGAAACAAGACAUUAAAAUUGAUGAAUCAAAAUUCAUGCCUAUCUUGAUUACACGAUCCUAUGGUCACUUACGAGCUGUAUUCAAUGAAUAUUCGUUACAUAGUGAACGUGAUUUGGAAGAGGAAAUGCGUGGACAUGCAAUCGAUUGUAUACUGUCUAUUGUCCGUUGUAUACAAAAUAGACCAAGAUAUUUUGCUGAAAAAUUAGUCAAAGCUACGGAAUAUGCAGAAAAAGAUUAUGGAACAAUUAAUCGAAUUAUUGUCUCUCGUUGUGAAGUUGAUAUGGGACGAAUUAUGGAAGAAUUUCUUGAUUUAAAGGGCGAACCAUUAUAUAAGUGUAUAGAAUGUUUUAGAAACGACUCAUCAAACCAGAUAAAAUCAAUUUUUGUACGACAUUUAUUGAAUUGGGCACUGAAUAAUUAUCGAUGUCUGUUAUUGAAGCUUAUCAACGGAUAAUCUACUUACCAAUUACAUUAUUAAUCAUAUAUUUACAUUGAUUAAAGUCAUCAAACAAUUACGAAGUUAUUCUGUAGACGUCAACGAUUUCCGACUUCACAAAAUACAUUUGUUGACAUCGUUCGAUUCACAAUGAACAAAAGUAUUUUCAUCGUUUAACAAGAAUUGUAUUAACAAAUGAAAAUAUUAUUAUUCACACUUAUUUUCUCCCCCUAUCUCCUCUCUCUCUCUCUUUCCGUCUCUCUCUCUCUCACUCUGUCUUUACCCUAUACUCCAUUUGAUUGAUCUCCUCACAAAAUGUAGUAAUAAGAUACGUUCGCUUAACUAUUCUGCUUAAAUGAAUACAAUUAUUUUGUUAUAAGAUCGAUUUGUUCAAGUUUUCAUUGAGAGGAGUGAGUGGUGUG